CACACGAUAGUGCGAUACACAAAAAUUACUAUUAGGUAUACAAGUACUGAAGUAGAAGUACAACAAAAUAUUUAUUAAUUAUUGAUUACCUUUUUACCAAUUACUAAUUAUUUACAAAUCGUUAGUAGUUAUUUAUCUUAGUUUCUUCUGCCAUUGUUGAGUAAAUUAAGUUAAUUUUCCAUUUAAGAUCAUUGAAUCGUUUGUAUUUAUAUAAUUGAAUAUUACUUGAGUGGUUUACAUUUAUUAACAUUUGGUUAACUGAAAUGAAUCAAAGAUAAGUGUUCUUAUGUACAUUUUAAAACUGCUGUCACUAAAUUAAUUUUCAAUAAACUAGAUUGCAUAAUUUUAACUACAUAUUCUAUCAAGAAAAAACAGAUCAUUUUAUUAAAAUGUCUCUUUAUACAGAUAUGUCUUCAGCAUUAUCUAUUUUGACCGAAAUAAAAUCUUUGGUCAAUGAAUCAGGUGAUGAUAAAUUAAAAGCUAAUACCAAUAAUGAUCUUCAACUCUUAAUCUCAGUUUUUCAAAACCCAAUUAUAAAAACAAUAGCCUCUGUUCAGGAUUCUGUAUCUGAACUGAGUUGUCAACUUCAAGAACAUCCAUCAUUAUUACCAGUUGAUUUUGAUAUAUCACCUGUCACUGGUCAGUUAGUAUUGAGUUUGCCUUCUGAGUCUACUCCUUACCAUAGUGUACCAGAAAAUUUAGAUUCUGAUCAAAUAGUUCCUAAAAUUUCAAAUAGUUCAUCUGCAGAAAGUUCUUCUCCUUCAUCAAAGGAAAGUAAAUCCUUAAUAAAAGAUAUAUCGCCUACUUUACUGCCAAUAACAACACCGUCUUAUGCAGUUGAAUUUCAAAAAGCAGUAGAAGAAGCAUCUAGAGGACGUAAAAUACAUAAUGUUCAACUCUUUAAGCCAGAAGGUUGUAGCUUGGGUUUUAGUGUAGUUGGCUUAAGAAGCGAAGAAAAGGGAGAACUUGGAAUAUUUGUCCAAGAAAUUCAACAACAUGGAAUAGCUGCACGAGAAGGAGGGCUUCAUGAAGGUGACCAGAUUAUUGCUAUCGAUGGGCAACCAUUGGACACAAAUGUGUCUCACCAACAAGCUAUUGGAAUACUGCAACAGGCUCGUGGGCUUGUUCAGUUGGUCGUAGCGCGCCCUCUUACACCACCUCCUUUACCAACAUCACAACCUUCCAGUAACAUGUUGAACACAGAAUGGGCUCAAGUUGAAGUAAUUGAGCUGCUCAAUGAUGGAUCUGGUUUAGGAUUUGGUAUUAUAGGUGGUCGUAGCACCGGUGUUGUUGUUAAAACUAUACUUCCAGGAGGAGUGGCUGAUAGAGAUGGACGAUUACAAAGUGGUGAUCAUAUACUACAAAUAGGCGAAGUAAAUUUAAGAGGUAUGGGAAGUGAACAGGUUGCGUCGGUGCUUCGACAAUCUGGAAGUCAAGUUAGAUUGGUAGUAGCUCGUCCAAUAGAAUCUAGUGCAAUUGAUAUAAUUCAAAAUUUAAGCUGUAGAGCACCAAUCGUACCAACAAAGAUGUUAGGAGAUGCUGAUGAGCUUGAUCGUCAUUUAGUUCAGCAUGGGUAUCCAGAAGUUGCAACGUAUACUCCUGAUUAUUUUUUCCAAAACAUUUCAAAUGAAAACAAUUUGAUAAUCAGUGAUAAUAUUAUACCUGCCUCAUUGCCUGUUCUUACAAUGGAUAUGGUACCACCAGAUAGUAUUACAACCCUCCCUGAAACUGAUUCAUUUAGUGUGCAAUUAAAAAAAGAUACUCAUGGCUUAGGAAUAACUAUAGCAGGGUAUGUUUGUGAAAAAGAAGAAUUAUCUGGUAUAUUUGUAAAAAGUAUCAGUGAAGGUAGUGCAGCUGAUCUAUGCAAAAAAAUUCAGGUGAAUGACCGUAUUGUUGAAGUUGAUGGAACUUCAUUGCAAGGAUUUACUAAUCACGAGGCAGUUGAAGUUUUGAGAUCUACAGGACAAAUGGUGACAUUGCGUUUAGAACGUUAUCUACGAGGCCCUAAAUUUGAACAGUUACAAGUGGCCAUAGCAGCAUCAGAAAUGAAGCCAAACACAAAUAGUGCAACUGCAUCACCAUCUAUAAUGUCAUUGCCUAGAUUUCCAAUAACUGAUGGAGAAAGUACUGCAGAAAUUGAAGUAGAAGGUGAAUCAGGAGCAACAGUGGAGGCUGAUAUGCUUGGUGAAGUAGAAGAUGAAAUGGCUGAAGAAACUGAUUCUGUGGGAAAUUCUUCACUUGAUGGAGAACUUAAACCGGAAACAUUGAAAAAGAUAAAAAAUAAAUGGACUGAUGUUAUUGGAAAUAAUGUAGAAAUUGUUGUGGGUCAGUUGAAGAAAUUUAGUGAAGGCGGUGGCCUUGGUAUAAGCUUGGAAGGUACUGUAGAUGUAGAAAAUGGUAUGGAAGUGAGACCACAUCAUUACAUACGAUCAGUUUUACCUGAAGGACCAGUGGGAAAAAAUGCAAGUCUUCAAUCUGGCGAUGAGUUGCUUGAAGUAAAUGGGCACCGAUUAUUGGGUAGAAACCAUAUGGAAGUGGUAGCAAUUUUGAAAGAGUUGCCCCUUAAUGUCAGGAUGAUUUGUGCUAGACGCACUGAUGAACAACAAUUGCCUCACCAUUACCUUACUGACAUUAGUGAAGAUCGAGCCGCUUUUGCAGCUAAAAAUGCAUUGGGAGGUAGUCUUCAAAAUUUAAUGCCUGCUACCGAUCGUUUGGUAAAAGCAAAAUCAGAUGGAUCAUUAGCUAGUACUGGAACAGCAGGGUGUUCAGAAUCUAGUAGAUUGCGUUCUCGAUCCCUUGAACCUCUUACUGGAUUAGCUAUGUGGUCUUCACAGCCUCAACUUAUCGAGCUUAUGAAAGGAGAACGUGGCCUUGGAUUUUCAAUUUUAGAUUAUCAAGAUCCCAUGAAUCCAAGUGAAACAGUUAUUGUGAUUCGUUCAUUAGUACCUGGUGGAGUAGCCCAAAAUGAUGGUCGUUUGAUACCUGGAGAUCGUUUACUUAGAGUAAAUGAUAUUUGUUUGGAGAAUGCGUCGUUAGAUCAAGCUGUGCAAGCUUUGAAGGGUGCUCCCAAAGGAGUAGUCCAUAUUGCUGUUGCCAAGCCAUUGCCCAUACCAGAUAGUAGCAGUCAGGAUGAUAGCUUAGAAGAAAAAAAAAUGAGCAAUGAUGAAGAUGAUGAUGAAGAUUGCUAUUCAAUGUACAGUUGCCCUGAAUCACCUAUCAUUUUUGAUGAUGUAAAGAAAACCGAUGAGACUUUUAAACAAAUAUGUUCAAUGGACAAGACAGAUAAUGUACAAGAUGUGCAAGAAAUUACACUUACUAAAGGCUCAUCACCAUUGGGCAUAGAUCUGCGUAGACGUUCAUUUAGCGAUCAUUUGGGUUUGGAAAUUGAAAACUUAUAUGGUGCUGCUGAACGAGACUGCAGGCUAAAAAUUGGCGAUGUAGUAAUUUCUGUUAAUAAUGAAUCAUUGAAGUAUGUGUCACCAGCCCAAGUGAAGUCAAUUUUAUCUAGAGCUAAUCUACUAACAGGCCAUAUUCCUGUACGUUUUGUACGUGCAGAGACGGUUAAGAAUACCUGUGUAAUCCGAAGUAAAACUGUACCUAAUGUAACUCUACGUACUCCAAGAUCGCCAUUUGUCGAAUUUCGUGAAACUGAAAAUCGUUUACUUCAUAAGAAACCUCACUCUAAAAUUUCUAGAUCUAAGUCUAAUGAUCCAUGUUUGCAGUUGACUAUACCAGCAAAAUCUAAAUCCGAAUGUGUUCUAUGCACGAAAUGUCAUUCAGUUCAACGAACAAAGAGUUGGAAUGAAACUGAACCAAUAAAUGAUGUGAGUUUUGAAAACGUUAUCAAUUAUUACAAGGUAUUCAAAACUAGCGAUAAAUACGUAUGCGCAAAGUUUACUAGCGAUCAAUUCAUUAAGAAAUUAGAUGAAAAAUUACGUGAAGAAACUUAUAGAUUAUCAGAGUUUACUCAAAGUAUAUCUAUAACAUCAAAUCUAAAUGAAGACGAAAUUGAUAAUCAAUUAAAAGCUAAAACUGAAGAGUUAGAAAGACUCGCCGAAGAGGAAGCUUAUACAUCUUUAGACAAAAAUGCAUUACGUUUGGGAAGUGCUGAAUUUGAAUCUUUUGAUGGUCCACCAACUCGUAUUUAUCGGUUUCCAAGUACUGGUAUUGGCUUAGAUAGAAGUGAAGGAAGUGUAUUAAACAUGACUGUAUCUGGUCAACAAUCAUCUGCUCCCUUGGUGCCUAAACAUUGGGGUCCACAACGAGAAGUAAUAGUUUGGAGAGAUCCAAACAAAAGCUUAGGAAUAAGUAUAGUUGGAGGAAAGGUUGACUUUUUCAAUAAUACUGAUACAAAUAAUAGCGAAGCUAUAUCAGGUAUAUUCAUAAAAAAUGUACUUCCUCAAAGUCCUGCUGGUCAAGAUGGUCAAUUAAAAACCGGUGAUAGAAUAUUAGAAGUUAAUGGGACUGAUGUUCGAUACGCUAAUCAUGAACAAGCUGUUGCAGUAAUUCGUUCAGCUGGUAACCCAGUUAUUUUCCUCGUGCAAUCAAUCGUAUGUUGGUCUCAAGAUCAAUAUGAACAGUCAAAAUCAUCGGCUGUUAUUGAAGAUUCGUUUAAAGUAUCGCAGCAGCCUAUAAAACCUGUAAAUAGUGUAAAAAAUAGGAUUUCCACAUGGCAACAGAAAAGUGAAGAACAUGUUAAUGAAGAUAAUUUUCCAGUUCGUAAGAAUUCAUUAGCUUUUAUUAAAACUUUGAGUUCGUUUGAUCGUAAAAAAUCUAUCAAAUCUAAUAAAAGUGAAGAUAGUGAAGAAGAUGAUGAUAAUAGAGAUAAUGAAGGUCGCGUUAGAAUUCAUUCAGGACAAGAAAUAAUGCGGUCCAGUGCUGGUAAUGUUAAAAGAUCAAAAGUAGAAAUUGACGCUGAUCCAGAACCAGAAGAUGAAUAUGGGUAUACUUCAAACAAAGCGAAGAAAAAGUAUGGAAAUCUGUGCGAUAGUUCCAUCAGCGAGGUGUUGGUAGUAAUGCUAGAGAGAUCUCCUGGUUCCGGUCUAGGUCUUAGUUUAUCCGGUCACAAGGACCGAACAAAAAUGGCAGUUAUGGUGUGCGGAUUAAAUCCCAACGGUCCGGCCGCGAAGUCCGGAUGUUUGCGGGUCGGUGAUGAAAUUUUAGAGGUUAAUGGGGUAGUUUUACACGGAAGAUGUCACCUAAACGCCUCAGCCAUUAUCAAAGGUAUACCAGGACCGAUAUACAAAAUAAUUGUGCUAAGGAAACCUACGGCCCUGGACGAAUUAGCCGUGCGACCGAUCACUCAGUUUCCUAUUACACUAGAUGACGAGACACCAGAGGAGAAGUAUGCCAACUACAAAGGCCUACGGGUCGUUACUAUGAAGAAGCCCUGUAUCAGUUUUACAUACGAAGGCCAAAUCACAAAUUCACCCACACAACAGAGCCCUCACGGUCUUGGUAUAAUGAUUUUGGAGGGGAAACACGCGGAACUCGGCACAGGCAUAUUCAUAUCCGAUAUACAAGAAGGAAGCCCAGCUGAACAGGCGGGUCUGACAGUAGGCGAUUUGAUUUUGGCUGUGAAUAAAGAUACACUUUUGGGGAGCACAUAUGAUGCGGCAUCGUCGUUGCUAAAAAAGACUGAAGGUGUCGUAACGUUAGUGGUAUGUAACCCACGUAAAGACGAGGUCGUGACGGCUACAGAUCAGAAGAGUGCCGAUAAACCUAAACAACCGGAAAAACCGAAAUCUCAAUCACCCGUUUGUUUGGACCAUUCAGUCGAACCGCCACCGGAUCCUGCGACCGCACCAAUAAAACCAGGUAUCGAAUCAACGAUUGAAAUUAACAAGGACAAAGUCGGCUUGGGUCUCAGCAUUGUAGGCGGAUCUGAUACAUUACUGGACGUAGUCAUUAUUCAUGAGGUAUAUCCAGACGGAGCCGCAGCCAAAGAUGGUAGACUUAGACCCGGGGAUCAAUUGGUGGAGGUGAACGGGGAAGACUUUAGAAACAUAACGCAUAUCAAAGCGUUGGGCGUCUUACGGCAAACGCCAGCCAAGGUGACCAUGGUGGUGUUGAGAGACGAGUCAUGCGUUCCUGACGAAAAUGGUAGUAUUUCCGCAGACACGACGAACAUCACGGACGCGUUCGACGUGGAAUUGACAAAAAAGCCCAGCAAAGGGCUAGGAUUGAGUAUAGUGGGCCGGAAAUCCGGUUCGGGAAUAUUUAUAUCGGACAUUGUGGCAGGCGGUGCGGCCGGCGUUGACGGCCGUCUAAUGAAAGGCGAUCAGAUCUUGGCGGUCAACGGACAAGACGUACGGAAUGCUUCUCAAGAAGAAGCCGCUGCCGUAUUGAAGACGGCGACGGGCAGAGUCACUUUGAAAAUGGGUCGUCUCAAAGCUCGCUCGUCGACGUCUAGUUCGGACAACGACUCGGCGGCGUCUAUGGAAGAAACGCGCACCGUGACGAUGGUACGUAGGAUGGAUGGAUUCGGAUUCAGCAUCGUCGGCGGUCACGGCCACCUGCCGAUUUACGUCAAGACUGUGUUCUCCGGCAGCGCAGCCGACUCGAGCGGGCUAUGCCGCGGCGACAGGAUUUUGGCAGUUGACGGCGUAUCAGUGGAGGGCAUGGGACACGAUCAGGUGGUCGCCAUGCUCAACGAAGCGGUCGCGUCCGUCACGCUCACCCUACAGUCGUAGCCUUCCUCGCGGAGGAUAACGCCUUUUGAGUACCUACCUUAAUAUUAGCUAAUACAUUUUAAGCGACAUCACUGCACUGUUUGUGAUCUGGUUACCGUAAGACGCUCAUUAUUUCAGAGUAUUAUGCAAAAAAAAAAAAUAUUUUCAAAAACAUUAAUAGGUUUAGAAAUAAUGAGUUUUUUACGUUAAAUGAAUCACUUAUUGUAAUAUAUAAUACAUAGGUACCUCGUAUCCAAGUCAUUAAACAGCACUGACCCCUCCCCUCCUCUCACCAUCACAUGAUAAUGAUAAAAAUAAAAAAUAUAAAUGCGAUACGUGCAUCCGCGGGUUAUAAAGGCUAUUAAUAUCAUUAUAAUAUUAAAUCUAGUGCCGGACGAUCAUCCGAUUAAAAUAUAUUAUUUUAUUAUAAUAAUCCGAAUUUCUGAUUCGUCCUGGACACUGUCUAUCCGAAUAUUUACCCUGACUUUUGACAUUUUCUCGGACAUGCGUGCAUCGAAUUUAAUGCAUUACUCAAUGUGUAUUGAUUAAUAACAUUAUAUGUUUAAAAACCGCAUAUUAUUCUGUACCUAGGCAUAUAGAAAGUAAAGUCGAAAAAAAUACCAUUCGGUUGUUUCAAUCUCAAAACAGAUUUUUCGAAUUUUUCGUUCGUUUAUAAAACUGACCGACUAUAAUCCGGAUUGAACAGCGGUCAACAGUGACAGUAUCUAUUUCAAUCCGGAUGGUAUGAUUCGCACUAUAGACAUUUAAACACUGUCACUUUCUGUUACCGCAUUUGUAAUGAGAAUGCAGGAGGAGGUGGGGGGAAUAGUGUGCAGCGUCGUCUUUCGACGUGCGCAUUUCUUCUCAUCACGUUCUGUAAAUAUAGACGUACACAACCAUAAUCCUAGUAUUUUAUUAUGUAAACGUACCAGAUAGGGAACUCCAAGUUCGUCGAAAUAUUUUCAUGUAUUAUAGGUUAGGGGGUAGGUACUUAUACUUACUUCCUGCCCGAAAAACAACCCCUUCCGCGACGGGUUUAUUUUUAUUUGUUUGUAAUUUACCCCCUCCCCUAUACAUGCGUGUAUACAUAAGUCGCUUAUCCUAACCGAUAUGUAUAAUGUGGAAAGAACAGAUAAAUGUAAACAAUCUACGGUAUAUUCUGUGUAAAAAAUGAUAAUUAAAAGACAAACAAUAUUUUUUUUAAAUACUGACGUAUAAGUUAGUAUGUUUGUCAGUCUUUUAUACACAUGCGAAUUACAUGCAAGGUAAAAUGUCGAAUAAUUACGUGUUCAAAGAAUAAACCACGGCAAAGUACCUAGUUUUCCGUUUAAGAAUAUCGAAAAAAAAUGACUAGGUUAACUGUUUUUCGGCGAUCUCCUCGUCGGAGACUAGACAUUAAAAUAUAUUCCCGAUGCUCUGGUCGACGGUUUAAAACUUAAAUAUUUACAUAAUAUUAUAAUUAUUAUAAGAUAACUUCGAACUGUGUUUUUGCGUUCUUAAACGCAUUCUACCUACAGUUAGGUACUUGCUGGUUACUAGGUACAUGCUGGUUACUAUAUCGUUCGUCUAGUUUUCGUUUUGUUCUUGUCAUAUUGUACAAUAUCUAAAUCGACGCACCUAUUAUAAUAUAUGUAUAUUAUAUAUAUUUAUAGUCAGCUAGAUUUUAUUCGACAGUGUUUAUAGUCAUAUACCUACAUAAUAUAGUAAUAAUUAUUAUAAUAAUCAAAAUAAUAUGUAGUAUAUAUUGUAUAUGUAGGCCUUUACACUUGCACAAUACAAAACAUUAUAUUACAUUAUUGAACAUGUUGUAAAUUGUUAAAUUUUAUACGAAACUUGUUAUUAACUUCGUUUAGUAUAUUAUAUAUAAAACAUUAUUUGUCUUUUGUGAUAAUAGAAUUAAGACUGAACAUAAAUUAAUCAUUUAAAAAUGAAAAAAAAACAUUUUUACUAAUUUAUUUGGUCUCAACCUAAUUUAGGUGCACCUUCUGACAGGGUCACGCGUUUCUUGCAUAAACUUUGUAGAAUAAUAAUAUUAUAUAUUAUAUAAAGGCACUUUUAACAUUUUUAUUAAAAUAAACUCAAAAUCAGUGUGCCAAUUAUUAUUACUAUUAUUAUAUUACAUUCAAUUUGUUAUGAAAUUAGAUAUAAAAAUAACUUUGCAUUCAUUUUGUUGUAGCUGAAUGGCUUGUAUUCUAAUGUGUUAUCGUCAUUAUCGAUACAUUUAUUUGAACAUUUUAUCUAAAAAUAUUAGUUUAUUUCUUUAAAUUGUAUAAUGUUGAAUAUUUAUUAAAAUUUCUGUCUGAAUAAGUAAAUAAUUUAACAUUUAAGAAAAUUA